CUUACACCCCCGUCGAGCCGUCACGCAUGUACAUAUCGCGUACGCGCGUCCUCCGUUUCGUCUGAGGGAUUAUUUUCGUGCUGUGAUCGUGACUGCAUCUCGCUUCUGUAUCGAGCCGCGGUUUAAAACACACAAUUUUUGAGUUUCAAGACUUUGCCUCGUGCAUCGUACGUUCACACACUUUGUGCUGCUUUGCGUUUAGGUUUGUUUCAAUAUAUAACCUAAAAGUCCUCGUGAAUGUUGAUAGUUGCCACGCCAGCCUCUUUUUCUUCCUUAUCCUUUAUCUCAUCCUCAUAUUUAUCUUCAUUUUUAUCUUUAUAUCCUCGUUCUUCUUUUUCUUCAUCUCAUUGCGUCAGUUGUCUCAAGUCACACCGACAAACGUAAGAACGUUGCAUAAAGACAUUCGUACGUCCCGUACCCGUCCACGGACAAAAAAAUCCGGAUAUUUUUGACGUCAAGCAGUAUUGGGAAAGUAGUCAAAAUUCCGGUCCCUACUAGGAAACGAGAGAGCCUCCAACAAAUCGGUGGCAGAAAUCCAUCAACGAUUGGUGAAGAACCAUCAAACAAAAUGAACAGCAAGAGGAAGAAUCGUACAAAUAACAGGUACUGCCAAUCACUUGGCUUUCCUCGUCAAGAUCAUAAUAGCAGAUCUCCACGAGCACGUGGACCACAAGAAAGGAAUGUUGCAGCAGAGGGGGUUUAUAAUAAUGCUCAUUUUAUGCAUGCCGUUACUAGCCAUGUUGGCAACACUGUACAGAUUCAAACUCAAAAUGGCUCCGUGUACGAGGGUGUGUUUAGAACGUUUUCGAGUCAAUUUGACGUAGUGCUGGAAUUAGCUCAUCGUGUAGAGAGCUCUGGAAAGAUUUGCGUAGAUAGUGUAGUAGAGAAAUUAAUUUUUAAACCACAAGACGUUGUUACUAUAUCUGCCAAGGACGUUGAUUUAGAUUAUGCUAUAAGAGAUACCUUUCAAACAGACACAGCCAUUAGUAAGUUUAAUGGUUUGAUCGGUGAGAAGGAGCUCGAACCCUGGGAUCCACCGACUACCAUGAACGGAGCUGAUUUAGAAUUGGAUGGUGCUGCUAACGGUUGGGACGUCAACGAAAUGUUUCGUAAAAAUGAACAAGAAUACGGAGUUCAAACGACAUUUGAACCUUCUUUGGUCGGUUAUACUCUACAACUACAACGUAAAGAUACGAAAGAUUACAAGGAACAGGAGCAAAAAGCUGCUGAAAUAGCAAAUGAGAUCGAAUCUCAACCGAAUCAUAAAGCUAGAUUAGAACUGGAAAAUGGCGAUGAGGAGGAAAGAUUUGCGGCUGUGACACGACCCACUGAAGGAAAAUAUAUUCCGCCGCCAUUGAAAAAGAAAAAUGGUAACACUAGUAAAUUGAUGAGAUCCAAUGAACCCCCGUCUUCGCCAGGAACCACAAGUAAUAAGAAUGUCUACAGUCAACCCUCUCCGUCUACGGUUACGGUGAAUGUCCCACAACCGAACAUGUCGGUUGGAGUACAGCCUGUUCAUACUUCGGUGCAACAUCCGGUAUCCUUAAAUAUGAGUAUGCCGCCCAAUGGAGUGGUUGUUACAUAUAAUAAUCCACCACCGCCAUUUGUGCCUCCAUCAACGACGCAGUCACAGCAAGUAAUCCAGCAAAAUCAAUCGCAACCUCAAGUUACUCCUUCAAUGCCGCAAGUAAGUUUCCCGCCACAACAGACACCUCCGAAUAAAAUAAAUACAGAGAAACGUGAGCGGCCUGGCAGACAACAGGUUUAUCAAGCUGACAAAGCUCCACCAGCACCAUUUCCACAAUCAAACGUUGCAUCUUCUCAGCAACAACAACAGCAACAGCAACAAUCUACGCAACAUACAUCAUUGACGCAGCAAAACUCUGUAGAAGGGCAAAUAGUUAUACAUAAAUCAGAUCAUAGAAAGGUUCCUACACCACGUGGAAGAGAAGAACAGCAUUCGGAAUUGAGACAAUUUGCUACAGAAUUUAAAUUAGCAGAAUCGCAGGGAUCCUCGGAUACCCCUCAAAUAUCCAGAAAACAACAGCAUCAGCAUCAACAAGAUGUACAUUCCACCACUUCGAUGAAUCAGCCGCAUCACCAAGGUCCUCAUCAACAUACAAGUCCGCAGCAGCAAUCGCAGCAGCAACCAUCUCCACAGCAGCAUACCAGUUCUCAUCAGCAACAUCAAACUGUACAAGAAGAAACAGUUACCAGUAAGCCUCCACCUGGUCCAUUAGUAAGAUCCACAAGUCCACCUCAACAACAGCAGCAGCAGCAGCAACAGCAGCAGCAGCAGCAACAACAACAACAGCAGCAGCAGCAACAACCAUCAUCACCACAACAACAACCACAACAACAACAACAGCCACCACUACCACCACCAUCACAACCAGUUCAGACUCCUCAGAAUACUUCCACAGUACAACAGUCUCCAUCGGAACCUGCGGUCGAUAAGAUAACUACUGCUUUUAAGAAAUCUACUUUAAAUCCAAACGCUAAAGAAUUUAAUCCAAACGCCAAGCCAUUCACGCCGCGUUCACCUAGCACACCGACGCCUAGUCGACCGCAUACACCACAAACUCCUCAGUAUACAGGAGCGACUAUGCCUGCGACUGUCGUAAUGCCGGCAUAUGUAACACAGACAGCUUUUAGUCAACCACCUACUCAACAAGUGGCAAGGUUCCGGAAGGUACCUAUGAUGCAGCAUCGUGCACCAGAUAUAGCAUCUCAGAUGCAAGUGGCCGCAGCAACGGGGCAGCCAUUAUUAGCGCCAGCUAUACAUCCAUUCCAGGUGCCUUAUCCAGGACAACCGGCGUAUCAACAAAUGGUACGAAUGGUUCAGGCACCGCCGCCACCCCACAUGGCCACCCCAUACCAUCAUCACCAUGAUUCGCAAGGGCCGCAAGCACCCGGUAUACAAUAUAUGGGUCCGCACACUCAUCCGCAUCCUCAUGUAGCUCAGCAGCCACCUAGCCAAACGCCGUCCCCAGCCAAUCCGAAUCAACCACAUACACCGGGAGCUUAUAAUCCACCUGGUACUCCACAGCCUACAUAUCCGCAACCUCCGCCGCAAGGUCAUGCACCGAGCUAUCCGAUUAUGUGCCCUAUAAUUCCAUCCCAUAUACCAUCAAUUCCACCACAACACAUGCAAUACCUGCCACCGCAGCCACCCCCGGGUGCGCAACAGACUAUACCUGUCAUUUUACCGCACAAUCAGUAGCUACGGCAUAAAAUAAAAGAAGAGGAAAAGCGAUAGUAUUCUGAAAAGGUAGGAUAAGACUUUCAAAAUUAAGUUACUUUCAUGAUGGUGUGUCAAUUGUUUGAACUUUCAAAGAGCU